AUGGUCAUAUAUUUUACAUGCGGGCUCCUGCUUGCAUACUUGGCCUUGCCUGGAACCUCACUCGGGGAUUUGGUUUUCCGAUGUCCAAGUUGCACCGCAGAGCGCCUGGCCGCGUGCCCCAAAGUCACAGCCGUCUGUGCGGAGAUAGUGAGGGAGCCCGGCUGCGGCUGCUGUCCCAUGUGUGCCAGGCUGGAGAGGGAGAACUGCGGGGUCUACACGCCCAGGUGCUCCACCGGCCUGAGGUGCUACCCAACCCUGGGGCCUGAACUACCACUGCAGCAGCUCAUACAGGGUUUAGGUCAAUGCCAGCAAGUGGGGGAAUUAGACAGCCUCGACCACCAAGCAACAAACGAGGUGCACGGGACUGAAAAUCCACUCACCAAGAGACCUCCUCUGGACGCUUGGCUGUGGCAAGAAUCCGCCAGGAAGCAACACUCGAAUGAGCGCAAAACCAAGAUGAGGAUAAAUCAAGUGGAGGACGUGCGGACCCAGACAGCGCCGCAGGGUGCCUGUCAGGAAGAGCUGGACAACGUCUUACUGGAGAUUUCCAGAAUGACCUCCGAGGAUAACAGAGGCUCACUGGAGAACCUGUAUCUGAUCAGAUUUCCAAACUGUGACAUACAUGGACUGUACAACCCCAAACAGUGCAACAUUUCCACCCACGGCCAGCGGGGCGAGUGCUGGUGCGUCAAUCCCUACACCGGUGUCCAGAUACCGGCAACGCCCAGAAUCAGAGGGGACCCCAACUGUUACCAGUAUCAAGAGGACUUCCUAGAAUUGCCCACUGAAGCCACCUACCGCUAGUUGAGCCCAGCAAACAUCAGACAAUCACGUUUUUGUGACAGAAACACGUCAAUCCGUCUCUCAUUGGCUUCCCCAUCUUUGUCCGUGGGACUUUAACCCAUUUAAACCAGCUAAAUAUUUUACAUUUUUAAGACAAAGCAACUUAAACUUUUAACUUUUUUUUUAAAAAAAGGUCCUGCCUCUAUAUAUGUUUGUUUUUUUGCAAAAGUCACACUUGUGUGUGCUUUAAAGCUGCUUGAAAAGUGUCCUUUUGCCACUUAGGGACAGCAAAAACGAGCUAUAAACAAUAUUUACAUUAUGAUCAUUUCGUGCAUUUUCUGUCACAUUGUCUUGCACUUUGUCAACUGUAUUCGGAAAUAACUUUUGUCCAAUGUUAAAUUUUGUUUUAAUUUUUAA